AGCGUUUAGCGAAAACGUUAGCGUUUCGAAAUCACGAUUUAAAUGAGAGAAUCUGGCCGGGAUAUUACAGUUGCAAUUACGUCUUUAUACUACUUCUCACAUUUAAAAGUUCCGUAACGUUCUUCGAAUCGUAUCCACUUCGAAUGGAUUGCUCACCAGUUUAUCCGUGUAUAACAUACCUGAAAUUUUCAGAAUUUUUUUAAGAAAUGUAAAUGUUUUUUCCCUUGUAACGGAAAACAAUUGUAUCCAAAAAUAAAAAGGACCGGAAAAAGUUAAUGUAUUAAUUCCUUCUUAUGGAAGCUGAAAAAUGUUUCGAGGCAAAGGUCUGAUGAGGCUCCAAAAAUAAUGUGCGAUUUUAUCGAAAUCUAGGAGAGGUUUACAGUUUUUAUUUACCUUGUUCUCCGUUUGAAAAAUGUCACAUUUUUGCGUAUUUGCCUUUUUCCGUUGCCCUGCACGGCAGCCGCUUCCCACGAUUGUGCCUGAUAAUCCCCGAAUGUUUGCUGUUCCAUGAUGCAGGCUUUCUAAAGGAUUCCACUUUGCUUGCUUCGUAAUUUUGCUAUAUCUUAGGUUUCGAAGAAAUAAAUGUAUGGAAUCCCGCAAGAAUCCAUCAUGAAGAUUCGAAGAUUAAAGAAUAUUUGACACUCAAUGGACCGAUAAAAUUUAAAUCCCCCGAAUGAUGGUCACGCGUGGAGUGACCUUCCGUGUCCGCAUUAGAUUUUUGUGCGUUUUUGUGUUCGAAUACGCUAUUUUGAGCGCAUUCUCUUUGAUCACCGAUGACGGGAAAAUAAACUAUGACGUCACAUCGACACAUCACACGAAAAAAGAAAUCGGAACUUCCCCCGCAGUAAACGAGACUGUUAGUCCAGGCUCCAAUUCCAACAUGUCGAAAUUCGAUGUAGCAUCUAGGUCUUCUCGUGAUGAAGUAACGAUAAACGGAAGCACGUAUUUUCCCGAUGCAACUUUCCGUAAUUUCAAUGAUUCUCGUCUUUCAAACCAAACCGAUGGCAGUAAAAUGACUGUGAACGUUUACAAUUUAAGUGAAAAUAAAAUUUUUGAGCCGCAAAAAUUGCCCUUGGACCGUCAAUUAAUCGUAUUUUCAAACAGAACACAAGAUAACAAGCGGAAUAUACUCCAUAAUAAAACACACCUGAAUACAUCAAUAAAUGAUGCCGUUGACUCUAGUGAGAAUUUUAAAGAUAAGAUGAAGCUACCACUGCCAGAACUGGAUAGCGAGAAAUUGAAAGAUAGAGAGACCGCGCUAAAAAUUAAAGCAUUUCAUCCUUUUUCCCCCGUAAAUAAAAGCAGAUUCAAUUUUAAUAUUGAUUCUAGCAAAGAAAGUGAUAAGUUAGUACCAAUCACGAUAACGCAGUCUUCAAAGCGUUCUGAUGAUAAUUUUAGCUUAAAUAAUGUCUCAGAGCAACGAAUUAGUACGGAACCUAAUAACAUCACCGAACUAUCCCACGAAAAGCCAUCAAAAAUUAUUUCACCGAUUGCAAAAGUACUCAGGACAGUGAAUGUACAGUCAAACGAUGAUAGUCGACCAGUUAGUUUAGAGUCAAAAUAUGAGAAAAAUCUGACCGAUUUGGCGUCUAUAAAAUCGUCUAAAGUUCUGAAUCUGAAGUUAGAGAAUAAUUUUAUAUCGUCCAAUUCAAAGACAGACAGUGAUAUCCAUCCAAUCAAGGACCAACCUGAGGAUCGGUUUAAAUUGUUUGAUUUGCAGCCGAAGUUCAAUCUGAAACUUUCCGGCUCAGACCCAAAGAACGUUAUCAAAUUUUCCGAGCCUCACUUCAGAAACGACACCGAGUUGGCUGGUUUAAAGCCUAGAAGUCAGGUCGAGGAUCCUAGUUUUUUAGAAAAACGUGAUAAUAAUUCGAUUGAGCUAGAGUCAGCUAGGACGCUCAACGUAACCUCCAGUGGAAACAGCACUCUCGAUAAAAUAACCAACCGUACAAAACUGGUGGGUCAACAAAUCGACAGCGAGACUGACUCGAUGACAUUAAAGUUAAAUGUAAGCCCGAAUUUCGAGAACGAAACUUUCUCGAAUGUCAGCCGAAGACGAGGCAAAGAGUUCAUCUCAGAGGAGACCCUGAUGGAGUCCCGAAACUACAACUACGACCCCGCGUACCCCUCCUACGCGCAACCCGUGAACCCAAGCGGCUCCGGCGAGGAGGCGUACCACCCGUUCGCGACCAUCACUCGCGAGUCCGGGUGGUACCAGGACCCGACCUACCCCACGCUCACGACCGCCAAGACACCCCGCGCCCCGCAGUUCCCGGUACCACCCCACCGCUGGCGCCUGCCGCUCUGGUACCGCGGCCGCCUCCGCGGCUACCCCAAAGACGAGCCCUUCUACGACUACCUCGAGGACGAGGAGCUCCAGCGCUGGUCCCAGCCCACCGCCCCCGCCUCCAGCGUGAGCCCCAUCCGCCCGGAGUUCCACCGGUACCACGAAGGCGGCGGCGGCUACGACUACAGCCCCUCCUACGACUUCGCGCACGUCCACGAGCACGGCGGCCACACCGAGACCACGAGCAAGUUCGAUUUUUCAAAAAUCGGGCUUCUCCUCUUGUUGAAGCUGGCCAUCGCCAAGCUCAAAGCCCUCGGUGCGCUCCAGAUCCUGUUGCUCCUCCUCCUCAAGGCCAAGCUCCUCUUGGCGAUGAUGGCCCUCAAGUUCUUCAUGGUCCUCAAGGCGAUGAAGCUGCUCAAGUACCUGAUCGCGCCGCUGCUGUUCUCGUCGCUGUUGCCGCUGCUCAUGAUGAUUCCGAUGAGUCUGCUGUCGGCGCUGCUCCCGCUCCUGAUGAACCUCAACCAGAUGCAGCCGGAUGAUCCGGACCCGGUGGAAGACCUUCCGGAUCCCCCGGAUAAUGAAGAGCCCGAUGAAAUGGGCGGAGAUACGCCGGAAUCUGGCACGAGGCGGAAGAGACGGAAGCAUCAUAGAAGUCGCGCCUUGGGCGAGAUUCAAAGGCUUCUGCGCUCUGAGGAUUGCCUCCAGAGGAUGGCCUGCGAGCUGGCCGCCAAGAAACAGUUGGCCAUCGUACCAUUUAUUGUUGCUUGGAGUUUGAAGAAGCUUGCCAACAUGUUGCCAAUUCCCAUUGUGAAAGAGUACGCAAAAGCUUACACUAAUGGCCGUCAGAUGAAUCGGUCUUCGUCAGGAUGUUCCUCUAAAUAUAGAUGCAAUUACCUCAAGAAACGGAGUUGAACAGAGACAUACAUGGAAUAUGUUUUUCUUUGAGAAAGUAAAUUAUUUACGGGUGUGCAAAAUUAAUAAGUUCUCUGAAGGGUAGAGUAUUGUCCUACGGCGGAAUUGAAGUGACGUUUGUGUCAAAUUUGUGCUAGUAUUAAUUUCAGGUUCAUAAAGUACUCUAUGUAUAUGAAUUCCUGCAUGGUUGCGAUGGAAACACCAAUUUUACUGAAUGAUUAAGGCAUACAACUUUACUGAGUCUCACUCUGUUUGCUGAAGAAGACUGUCUCAUUCUUAUGCAGAAUUAUGAUUCUGAGACAGAAUUUAUAGUCAUUUUGUGAUCUGAACAUGGUAAACGUAGUCACCAUAAUUAUUUUCUUUUUUUCUCUCUUAUUUAUUGAUUGUAGCUUAUAAUCCUGGACUGGAGGGAAUAGUAAUUUGCCAUUGAGACAACUUUAAGAUACCUACACUUAUUUGAGGUUAUUUUUAACACAUUCACGGCCAAAAUCCCUUCCGCAAUGAAUGGAUUUCCUUCUCAGAUUUAAAUUAAUACUAUAUCGAAAAGUGCGUUACAGCUAUUCUCGUGGACUUAAUGACGGUCCUUGUGAUGCAAUUGAACCAGUGAGAACGAAAAUACACCAACUCGGUAACUCAAAAAUGCUCAAUUUUCAUUAAAGAUAGUCAGUUUUCAUAGAGGUCAUUGAAGUUAACGCAUCUGUUCCAACUUGGACUUUUAAAGUAUCCUUCAGUACUUGUUUUUCGGCAUCAAAAAUCUUUUUCUUGAGCUAAUUUCUUCAACUACUGUGCAGUUUUGCGUGUGUCCUGAUUAUUUUCAUUUUUUCGAGUUGGUGUAUUUUCGUUCUCACUGAUUCAAUUAUAGUUUGCUUUUUACUUCUUCUUUGGAGUGAGGAUUUAAAUUUACAUUAAAUUUUAGAUUUGCAAAGAUUUCCUCCUAUUAAAUAUCGAAUUUCCCUAUUGCAUUACUUAUCACAUCAUUAUGAUGUUUUGCACACGCCAAACGGAUUUGAGUUAAUGGUCCGUUUCACACCUUCACUAAAUAUUCCGGUCCCACUGAUGUCAAAAUAUUGUGCGCUUCGACAAACCUCCUACACAUUGUAAUUUAAAAAUAAUCAAUUUUUCACUGAGAUGCCUCGGCCACUAAGAGUUUCAUUGAUCGUGAGAAAACAUGUUAAUUAUAGUGCAGUAACGUUGCACAAAAAAGGAUAAUUAUUCUUGAACGAUGAAAAAAGUAAAAUUUAGCAGAAACAAGGUUAGAAAUGAAAAAGGUGCGUAUUUCCAUCGAUCAUACUUGAGGGGUUCGUGGUCUGUGCGUGUUGCAAACACAAAAAAUGAAGGCACCCUGACAUUGUCAGGCGUACAGCGCAGCGUGAAGAUUUUCUCAGUUUAUUUUUAUUUUAUACUAACGCCGAGAUAAAAUUAAGUUUUUAGAUAACUUCCAUAGUUUUUUUCCGACUAAAAUAAUAUAAUGGCAGGCAAGAGACAAUUCUUACAGAUCAUAACUGACGGGAAUCGAGAUAACUGGUUUGAAAGAUUCACCACCUAUCUAUAUCCGUAGAAUUUAUGCUUCUAAAGGACUUCUAGGGGCUGUAGUUCUUACUUUGUCUCAGGUUUAUUCUCAAGACAAUUAAGAUGCGACCAACCGUUCUUGUUAUUUUUAUCAACCGUACUAAGUUUAAGUCAAAUCGAUGAAAGUGUUUUAAUGCAUGGUCUAAUUCUUAGGAAUGUAUAGUUAAGUAAUUAAUUGUUCCAGUUACGUUGAGAAUAAAAUUUCUUUAUUUCAAAUGAACAAA